UGAACCGCGGUGUGGGGAGGAUUUGGCCGUCCGGAGGAGAGGGGCGCUGGGAGGGCGAGCCACUCGUGGGAGGGGUAUGGCCUGCGUAGAUCAGAGGGCAGAGGUCGCCCAGCGACCCUACGCUGAGCGCUGGAAAGGGGUCGCCCGCGGGAACCGUCGUGUCUGACCCAAGGCAAAACCUAGACAGCCUUCUCAUACGGUCUCCAGACCCACAAGGGUCCUUGCCUUGGUCGUGGACCAUGUCCACAGGGUCUGGGGGUUGUCCGGGGGGACUUGGGGCGCCCCUCACCCGUCCAAAGGCGGGACUUCCGGUCCUGGCCCCCACCUGGGCGGGAUUUCCUGUUUUCUUCCUAGAGAAGUGGCUCUUCCCUGGACCCUCGGGCGAGGUGGGAAGGUCUCGGAGAGGUCGAGAAAGAGCCCAGACGUUCACCUUGUCCCCGGCUACGCGGGGGCGUGGAUGGCGUCGGGGCGCCCCGAGGAGCUGUGGGAGGCGGUGGUGGGGGCCGCUGAGCGUUUCCGGGCCCGGACAGGCACGGAGCUGGUGCUGCUGACCGCCGCGCCGCCCCCACCGCCCCGCCCGGGUCCCUGUGCCUAUGCAGCCCACGGCCGGGGGGCCCUGGCAGAGGCCGCCCGCCGCUGCCUCCACGACAUCGCCCUGGCCCACAGGGCCGCCGCUGCCGCCAGGCCCCCCGCGCCCCCACCAGCACCACAGCCACCCAGCCCCGCACGGAGCCCACCUCGGCCCACCCUGGCCAGGGAGGAGGACGAGGAAGAUGAGGACGAGCCGACAGAGACCGAGACCUCGGGGGAGCGGCUGGGCGUCAGCGAUAACGGAGGGCUCUUUGUGAUGGACGAGGAUGCCACACUCCAGGACCUGCCCCCGUUCUGUGAGUCGGACCCUGAGAGCACAGAUGAUGGCAGCCUGAGCGAGGAGACCCCUGCUGGCCCCCCAGCCUACUCAGUGCCCCCGGCCUCAGCCCUGCCCACACAGCAGUAUGCCAAGUCCUUGCCCGUGUCCGUGCCCGUCUGGGCCUUCAAGGAGAAGAGGACAGAAGCACGAUCGUCGGAUGAGGAGAAUGGGCCGCCCUCCUCGCCGGACCUGGACCGCAUCGCGGCGAGCAUGCGCGCGCUGGUGCUGCGGGAGGCCGAGGACACCCAGGUCUUCGGGGACCUGCCGCGGCCGCGGCUCAACACCAGCGACUUCCAGAAGCUGAAGCGGAAAUACUGAGGCCCAAGCAAAGAGCUUCCCGGCCCAGCGUCCGCUCCGCUCCACACUACACCCCUGCCCCGCCCCCUGGGCCGGCCAAUCCGAGUCAGACCUGGGACCGACCUUCCAGGUCGCCCGGGCCCCGGGAUUGCCCCCUCCCUGCCAAUCCCCGCCAUCCUUCCAGCCCGCGAUCCCCUCACGCGCCGAGGAGCGGGACCUAUCUAGUUUCUCGAUUGGGUCUGUCGCCGCUUUCUCUGCCCUGCGACAGAUUCUUUCGAUGAAGGGAUUAGCUCGCUCCCUGAUCGGGGCGGCCAGUUUUAAGCCCAAAAAUGGGUCAACUGUUGUUUUUUGCCUAGCGACAAGGGCUUUGCUCGCGCGGCAUUGGUCGAAAGCGAAAAGCCAAGCCACAGGAUUGGGAAGUGGCAAGCCAUUUCGGCCUAGAGAUGGGAAGCUCCUACAUUUGAUUGGCUCGAACCCAAAGGGCUUGACCAAUCUCCCGGAGUCGCCAUCCCACCCUUCCUGGGCUGUCCCGCCUGAUUGGCUCCAGCGUCCUGAGGGCGUGGCCAAACCUUCCUCCUGUGCCCAGGAUUGGCCUGCGGCCUUAAAUUUACGUUCUUUACACUACUGGGACUGGGGUUGUUUUUGACCUAGUCCCGACCAAGUGUCCCUCUGCCCCCUCCCAGGGAUGGCCCAAUUCUGUCCCUGCGUCUGAUACCCUCUCAUUGGUUCCAUCCCACAACAGCCUGCCAAUCGAAGUCCGUCCUUGCAGCCCGGACGGCACCAGCUCCCGCCCCUCUCCCCCCACCCCCACAGGUGCCUUAAAGGGCCUUCGUCCGCCCAAGGUGGGGGGCAGGGGCCCUCGCUCUCCGGCCCUUGUGUGGGGGAGAGAGUCGGGGGUGGGGAUUGGGAGUUGGGAGGGGUGGUCUGAGAUUAAAGAAUUUUACCUCUGGCAAAUGAGUA